UUCACGCGCGUCUUUGGAUGGCGUCCUCCUGCGCGUCCUUAAUUGGAUGGGAUUGCGUAAAAGAGGAUAGGCGAGGUUAUUCUCGCAGGCCAAAGCCUCAAGUUGGAUAGGACGCCGUCUUAUCCCCCCUGCGUUCCUUAAUCAUGUUUACUUCUUUGCUUGGUUUCGACGCGCACCCGAUACCGACUGACCGGACAGGUGGGUGUGACGCAACACCCCGGCAGCAGCAGCAGACAGGUGUGCUCUGCACCAAACAAGAAGUGGACAUGAGCACUCUCUCCACAGACAGGAAGCCGCUUGUGGACUACGGCGUCCAGAUCCGCUUCAUCAAGGACCUCCAAGACACGGGCGGCGCCUCGCCCGACAAGUCCAGAGGAAACAACAACCACACGGCCACCCCUCAUCCAGGAAGCAAAUAUGGGGUGGCCGUACGUGUUCAGGGGAUCUCCGGACAGCCGUACGUGGUCCUGAACGAUGGCGCCAAAGGGGAUUCCUACGGCGUUCAGCUAAACACGCCGGCCGCCAGCCCGGUACCCCAGUCGCCGUACAAGAUCACCCCCAAAAGUAAUGAAGCCGCAGAAGUUGUGAACGCCUCACACUCCCCUGUUUCUCCAACUGAAGACGAGGAGAUCUACCGGAGCCCCCUUCGAAGACCCCCAGGGGACGGCCAAGCCGGAGGUCAAGGCGAGGACGAGGGCAGGACUGUCAAAGAGGGGAGGUCCAAAGCUGAACCCCAAGUCAAAGCGGCUGCGAGUGAAGUACAGACAAAACAGGAAAGUACAAGUAAAGAAGAGUACAAUGAAGCCGGUUUAAAACCAGUCAAAGUGAACGGUGCUGGUCCCAGAGGGUUUAAACAAAACGGUUUCAUCGGUACCCAGCAGGGUGCAGAUUCUGCUGCACAGUCCAUCUCCAGACCCUCGGCAUCCACGGACGAGAAGCCGAUCGACACCAACUCCCUGGCUCCUAUCAACAAGCUUAUCAGCAAGUUUAACAACAAGACGCCCAGUAGCGGCCCCCAGGCGAGGGGGCGCACCGGCGCCAGACACCAUCUCCGCUUUGACGAACGCAAGCGCUCCAGAAGCCUGGACGCGAGAAAGGAGAGUCCCCUUCCCUCGCCUCCGUCACCGACUUUCAACCCGUACGCUUCCGCCUCCUCUAACGUGUCAUCCAGAGCUGGUUUGGGACGGGACGCCGCACCGGUUGUCAACAAGGCCGCCACUCCAGAGUCCCUGAAGCAGAGUUUGAAGUCAUCAGGGAUGACCUCAAAGGAGGCCGCCCCCAUCAUAGCCAGAAAACCUGAGAUACCACCGAGGAGUUUAUCCCAAAAGGACAACACUGGGGACGAGGCGCAACUAAAGCAAGCGAUUUACAGCAUUCUCAAAGUGGGCACCACCGAGAGUGACUCAUCCCUCAAAAGGAAGACCGACCUUGUCUAUGAGACCACCAGCAAUUUAAAGAAGGCAGGACCUGAUGGAAAGCAGAUCAAAUUGACCCUGGCGGAGCUCGAGGAGCAACUCAGUCAAUGCAAGAACCAACUGCAGCGCGCCCAUGAAGAGCAGGCCGAGGAGCGCAUAACCAGGGAGAUGUGCGAAUCCCGCAUGCGUCUCCAAGAAGAUCAGCUGGCCGAGCUUCAGGAGGAGCUGAGGAGGGUUUCCGAAAGGGCGCCCCCCUCAGACUCACUGAGGACGGACAUGGUGACCCUGCAGGCCGACCUGGCCGAGGCGGCCAUGUUGCGCCAUCGCCAGGAUGAGAUUUUGCGGCAGCGGGACCGCGAGCUGACGGCCCUGAAGGGGGCGCUGAAGGAGGAGGUGGAGUGUCACGACCGGGAGAUGGAGACCCUGAGGGAGCAGUACAGCGUGGACAUGCACAACCUGAGAAAGACCAUGGAGCAGGUGACACAGUCGCAGGAGAAGAUCGAGGAAGAGCGGGAGCGGGUCAACGCCUCCUUGUUCUCUCUGGAGGAGGAGCUGGACAGCUGCAGAGACCAAGGCGAGCAGUGGAAGUCGCAGCUGGAGACCACCUCACAGGAGCUACACCUUACCAAAGACAAGAAGGCGACGCACUCCGGCAGUCACAUGCUGCUCCAAUGUCACCUGGAGAAGGAGGAGCUUGAGAGCAAUCUAACGGAAGUCCAGGAGUCGCUGUUAGCCGUGCACAAGCAGCAGAUGCCUGCAUCGUCAGCAGAGGAACUUCAGCGUUGCCACGACGACCUGCAUCUGGCUCGGCUGGAUGCGGACAAACACAAGGGCGCCCUCGACAAGAAGAGCGAGGCCCUUGACGCCGUGAGGAAAGCCAGCGGCGAGCGCGAGGCGGAGCUCCUGUCUGAGAUUGGCAAGUUGAAGGAGCAAAAGGCCGAGCUGGAAAAGACCCUCGAUAAGGCAAAAGAGGCACCACCUUCUGCAGGAAGGACUGCAGUGGACCACAGCAGCAAUGUGGAGCUCCAGGAGGCGAACGCUCGCCUCAGAGAGAGGCUCGCCCGCAUGAGGCAGCACUCUAGCGUGACCAGAAGCCCCGAGGCUGAGGAGGCCAUAGAGGCCCUGGAGGACGACAAUCGUGCCCUCAAGUCCCAGCUCGAGGAGGUCAAGCGCAGUGCCUCCCGCCUGGGCAAGGAGAAGGACGAGAUGAGCCGGCGGCUGGAGGAGAGGGACCUGGAGAGGGAGGCGCUGCGGAGGGGCAAGAGUGACCUGGAGGAGCAGAAGAGGCUCCUCGACCGAGCUCUGGAGAAGAUCACCAAAGAGAUGGAGACGAUGAUGGGGGACUCCCGCCAAUCGGUGGUGGUGUUGCAGACGCAACUGGAUGAGUACAGGGAGCGCUCCAGGAAGGAUUUGUUGGAGGCGCAACGCAACAACAAGGACAAGCUGGCUGAGCUGCAGAGGGCCCAGAGCAACUGCAAGACCCAACAGGAAGAGGUGUCACGUCUAAAGAAGGAGCUCCUGACGUGCAGCGAGGAACGAGACAGCGCCCAGCUGGAGAGAGACCUCCUCAACAACCGCCUCAAACACUUGGAGGGCGAGCUGGAGUCAGAGAAGGGCAGCCAGACGGAUCGCACCCGCGAGAUGAGGGGGCUGGAGGAUAAAAUAAAGACCCUGGAGAUAGAGUUGGAUGAGGAGAAGAGCAGCGUGGAGCUUUUGAAUGAUCGCAUCACCCGCAGCAGAGAUCAGGUGGACCAGCUUCGCUCCGAGCUGAUGCAAGAGCGUUCUGCCCGACAUGACCUGGAGAUGGACAAAAGUGCGAUUGACAGACAGGUGAAGGAGCUUAGGUCCCGCAUGGCUGACAUGGAGGGACAAACUCGGCCCACGGCCGGCAUUGCCCUCUUGGAAAGCAAAAUUCAGGAGUUGGAGGAGAGGCUGCGCAGUGAAGAAAGAGAGAAGAGCGGCAUCCAGGCCUCUCACAGACGAACCGAGAGGAAACUGAAGGAGUUGAACGCCACGCUGGACCAGGAGAGGAGCCAGCAUGUCGAACAGAAGGAUCAGCUGACCCUGCGGGUGAAGGCCCUGAAGCGGCAGGUGGACGAGAGCGAGGGCGAGGUGGAGCGUCUGGAGGGAGUGCGCAGAAAGGUCCUCAGGGAGCUGGAGGAGCAGCAGGAGCUUCAGGAGGCCAUGCAGGCCAAAGUCUCAGCGCUGGAGUCCGAAUUAAAGCGGAAGGCGCAGCAAUCCCACCGCAGCACUCUGGCCACGUUGAGCUCUGAGGACGAGGAUGCUUUCUACGACGUCUUGAACGAUGGCCACCACCAAGGCUCUAACUGCUAAUGCAGGAAGAUCUUAUGGAAUAUACUGUAUUCUAAGGAAAAACUUGGGGUGUUGCGUAAAACCAAAAGAGAUAUCGUUUUUGUGGGUUUGAGUUAGUGCAUGUUUUUUUUUUUGUAUCUAAAGUGAUGUGAUAUUGUGUAUUUUUCGUGUACACUGUAUUAGCUGUGACAAUCAUACACGUUGGCACUGUGACACUAAUUGUAGUCUAUUUUUUAAUCUACUGUUUUGUUGUGUAGUUGUUCACUGAAAUGCCUUAAAAAGUUAUCUCUGUUCGGAUUAAUGACGUCCCUGCGUGUUUAUAUGCUUUAUUUAAAUACUAGUGUUGCACACGCUUGCAUUUUUUGUAUAUUACAUUUCUCUCUUAUUAAUUAAAUGUGUAAUUAGCA